GAAUCGAUUCUACGUGAAUGCACUGUACCUGAUUCUUGCAUGUUUCGGAAGUGUCGGAGUAAAACUGUAAUUUGUUAAUUUAUUUUUAAUAAAAUGAGGAUUGAAACGUGUUAUUUUUGCUCGUCCAGGAUAUACCCGGGCCACGGAAUUCAAUUUGUCAGGAAUGAUUGCAAGAUCUUUAAAUUCUGCAGAUCGAAAUGCCAUGCAGCUUUCAAAAAGAAGAAGAACCCAAGGAAAACGAAAUGGACGAAAGCCUACAGAAAAACAGUGGGAAAGGAACUGGCAGUGGAUCCUUCCUUCGAGUUCGAAAAACGCAGGAAUUCUCCAGUGAAAUACAGUCGAGAGCUCUGGAGCAAGACCAUAGAGGCCAUGAAAAAGGUGGAGACCAUAAGACAGAGGCGAUCCAACACCCACAUAAUGCAGAGACUGAGAAAAGGUCGUGUCCUCGAGCAGGAUAAAGACAUUAAGGAAGUCGAGAGGAAUCUUUCCCUCAUCAGGUCCCCUGCUGCUGGCCUCAAGAACAAGAAAAAAGUCGAAGAAGCUGUCCAGGACGACCAGAAAAUGGAGGAGUCCGACGAAGAAAUGGAGGCACAGGAGAUCGCCAUUGAAAAUUAAUUUAUCCCAUUAUUAUUCGAUAAAUACACAUCAUCUGCUUCUAUAUCUAUUUCUUGUAAAUAAACGACUGCUUCAUUUUUUAGAUUAA